GUAUGAGACGGAGAGAAAAAAAAAAAGAGAGGAAGAACUGCGGGUCUAAAACAGCCGCUGUGACCGGGAGUCUCGCUCGGGUUGUGCGGACGUUUUCUUCCCGCCGUCGUCGACAUGUUCUCAGGUCGGUGUGGCUGCAGCUUCCACUCCUCUGCUGUCGUGGCCACGGAACGACUGCUGUUGCUGUUGCUGCUGCUGGUGUCGCGAAGCUGCGUGUGUGUGAGCGAGGAGGACGAUGAAAUCCUGGACAAAAAGCAGCUCGCCGACUUUUACAAGAAGGGAAUCUUCAUCCUGGAGAGUACGCUGCUGAAGCGCUGUGUCACAGUGGAUGGCUCUAACCUGGUGCUGGAGGACUGCGAGCGGCCAACGCGACGCAUGCUGUGGAAGUGGGUCUCCCAGCACCGCCUCUUCAACAUGGGCACCAGCACGUGCCUGGGCCUCAAUGUUUCAGACACCACGCAGCCGCUCGGCAUGUUCCAGUGUGACACCACCCACAACACGCUGUGGUGGCGCUGCAGUGGGAAGAUGCUGUAUGGGGCGUCCCAGUGGAAGGUGGCUGUGACCAGACGCACGUUGGUGGUGAAGAAAAACUCUUAUCAUGAGUGGAGAAGGUACAACACAGCUAGGGAGGGCCCGUGUUCAUAUCCUUAUGAAGAUAUCCACACGUUGCAGGGGAAUGCACACGGCAUGCCCUGCGCCCUGCCCUUUAAAUACAACAACAGAUGGUACUCGGAGUGCACGAGUGAGGGCCGUGAGGACCAUCUCCAGUGGUGUGCUACCACCACACGCUACGACGACGCUGAACGAUGGGGCUUCUGUCCUGUCCAAGAUUCCACUUGUGAGCAUUUCUGGAAGUCGAACCAGGAGCUGAACGCAUGUUACCAGUUCAACCUGUACACCAUCCUGACCUGGAGUCAGGCGCAGUCAACCUGCCAGGCGCAGGGUGGAAACCUGCUCAGCAUCAGUAGCCUGGCAGAGCACAGGUACAUCAGAGAUCGACUGGCAAGUGUUGGAGUGAUGGUGUGGAUCGGACUCAACCACCUGAAGAAUGGUCGGGGGUGGCAGUGGUCCGAUGGAGCUCCUUUAUCAUUGGUCAAUUUCACCACAGCGCUGCCUGCCAGUCCGCUACAGGACAACAGACAGUGUGGAGUGUACAACUCAGCCUUCGAUGGUCACUGGCAGAGUCUUUCCUGUGAGUCUGCUCUGCCUUACAUUUGCAAGAAAACACCCAACAACACCAGGAGAGCCGAGCCAUUGGAGAAUUGGCAGUACAUCCACACCGAGUGCGCUAACGGCUGGUGGCCUCAUAAUGGUUUCUGCUACAGAGUCCUCCCUCAAUCAGAGGCAGGAAGCUGGGAGGAAUCUUCCCGGGCCUGUGGAUCUCAGGGGGCAAACCUCACCAGCCUCAGGUCACUGUCGGAGGUGGAGAUCCUGCUCAGCGUCUUGGCGAACUUUUCUGGGGACAGUAAGGAGGUGUGGAUUGGUCUUCGGAAACAGGCGUCUGCACCAGCAGUAGAAUGGUCUGACGGCUCGCCAGUGACUCUCACUCUCUGGCAUCAGUAUCACCCUCCCCACAAUGUGACAGACGCAUCAACACUCUGCACCAAAGUAGACAGGAAGAAGGGCACCUGGCUUUUAGCGCCCUGCACUGAACGACUGCCCGGCGUGUGUCGAAGAGAAAGCCCGAGUCCCGUCCAACAGUCUGGAUCCUGGGAUGAGGGCUGCCCUGAGGGCUGGAAGCGUCACGGCCAUUCCUGCUACACAGUGACGAGCCAGGAGCAAAGUUUUGAUUAUGCGCUGAUGGGCUAUUACUGCAAGGCUCCUCUUCUUACUGUGGAAAACAGGUUUGAGCAGGCGUUCGUCAACAGUUUGCUGAGUGAGCGAGGGGCCAACAGCAGCGUGUAUUACUGGAUCCACCUCAGAGAUGAUGGGGAGAUGGGAGAGUACAGCUGGCUGCUUCACAACAGCUCCUCUCUGCCUCUCACCUUCACUAACUGGAACAAACAUCAGCCAGUCAGUGCUGGUGGUUGCGUUGCGAUGUCAGGUGGACCUGCUCUGGGUCACUGGGAGGUGAAAGACUGCGUGUCUUUCAAGGCCUUGUCUGUGUGCAAGCAGAGUGUGAGCAGUUAUCACGAUCUCCAGCUCCAAGAGCACCACAUCGACGCCCACGCCCCCUGUCCUCCAGGAUGGGAGUCACAGUCUGGGCUGCUCGACUGUUUCAAGGUCUUCCAUGAUGAGAAAGUCCUGAUGAAACGCUCGUGGGUGGAGGCAGACUUCUUCUGCCAGGCUCUUGGCGCUCAGCUGGCCAGUUUCUACCACUAUGAGGAGCAGGUGUUUGUUAAACACCUCCUCACGACCAUGUUUGAAGGAACACUGGGUCGCAGGUUCUGGGUGGGUUUAAACAAGAGAGACCCCGACUAUCCUGGAGCCUGGGAGUGGUCUGAUGGCUGUCUUGUUGUGACGUCCUUCAUAGAAGAUAAGAACGAGGAGGACGACAGGAGGGACUGCGCUGUGUACAGUGCCCUGACCAACACUCUCAUGCCACAGCCAUGUGACGGCAAACACGAGUGGAUCUGCAAGCUGCCCAGAGGUGAAAAACUGAAAAAACCCUACUGGUACACUGAGGAGAGUGAGCCCUGGGUGUUUUACCGCGGUGCCGAAUACCUGCUGGCGAAGCAGCCGUUCGACUGGCACUCUGUGUCUCUGGCCUGUCAGAUGAUGGGCGCUCACUUACUCUCCAUUCACUCCAGGGACGAGCUGCACUUCGUGAAGGAUCGCUUACGGCGGUUCUCCCUGGGCCCGACUGACUGGUGGAUCGGCCUGUCCAUUGGGCAGCCUGGAGAGGAGGUCAGUUGGAGCGACAAGACUGGAGUGGACUUUCAGAACUGGGCUGAGAGGAUCAGUGGGAAACACGGGUUUUGUCUCACUAUGUCCUCUUCAACAGGGAAAUGGUCGACAAAGAAGUGCAGUGACCUUCAUGGCUACGUGUGCAAGAGAAGGACUGCGUCUGUGGUGGAGACUCCCAGAGAGCCGCACUACAUCGGAGGAUGUCCCGAGAAAUGGCUGUACUUCGGACACAAGUGUCUCCUGCUUCACCUCCCUGACGAUCCAAAGGAUGGAAAGAGUUGGAAAGAUUCCCAGUCUAUCUGCUCUUCAUUCGAAGGCUCGCUGGUCGCCAUAGAGGACGAGAUUGAACAAGCCUACAUCACCAUGCUGCUGCAGGGCAGCUCUGUGGGGGUGUGGAUUGGUCUUGGGGACGGGGACAUCAUGAAAUGGACCAAUGGGAGAUCAGUCAGCUACACCAACUGGUCUCCAGUAGAACCGAGAAGUUACCUCGCUGACGACGAUUGGCUCAGUGACUUUAAAGAGCCACCGUGUAUUGUUCUGUCCAACAACCACAACUUUCACCUGACAGGGAAGUGGUACGAUGAGAAGUGCAGCGAGACUGGGUAUGGAUUUGUGUGUCAAAAACCUCAAGAUCCAUCCAAACCCCCCACCCACUCCUAUCACCACCCUCUCCCUGACAAUAUUGAGUACAGGAGCCGCAGCUACAAGGUUGUGUCUGGCAACAUGAGCUGGUACGAGGCGAUGCAAUUGUGCAUAGAGAAUGAUUCUGACCUAGUGAGCAUUACAGAUGCCUACCACCAGGCUUUCCUUACUGUCCUUGUCAACAGAUUGGCAGUCCCCCACUGGAUUGGACUGUAUAGUCAAGACAGUGGCAUCAAUUAUCAGUGGUCAGAUGGCAGAGACACCGUGUACGCUCACUGGGAUGCAGCCGAUGAUGACGAAGACGAAGACGACGACGACUUUCUGACGGGAGAGUGUGUGUACAUGGAUGUAAACGGAGGCUGGCGAAGGGCUGACUGUGAGACCCGGAUCCCAGGGGCACUGUGUCAUGUUUCCACACCGAGCAAUAAACCAUUCACAUCAUAUGAGGUGGUGUGUCCUGCCACGUGGGUAAAAUUUGGACAUGGCUGUUAUAGCUUUGAGCCUGUGGUGCAGAAACUCACAUUUGAAGAGUCCAGAGAACACUGUAGGCACAAAGUCAACACCUCAGAUGUGCUGACCAUUGAAAGUGAGACAGAGAAUCGCUUUGUUCUGGAACAGCUGUGGUCGUCAGGGCUGCGUCAUCAGACCGUGUGGUUGGGGAUGUACUUUAGAACUGACACUGAUUCUCUGGCCUGGGUGGAUGGUUCAUCUAUGGACUACACCAACUGGCCGAAUAAAGCCCCAGACUCCAAGCAGCUGACAGCAGACACCUGUGUCACAACCAGUGUGGCUAAUGGUGUUUGGCAGCUGUCGCCGUGCACCGAGCUGCGGGGCUUUGUUUGCAAAACUAACUCAGAUAAGAUUGCUGAGGUGGAAGUGGAACCACUAAACGGUUUACAUCAUGGUGUCAUUGCUGCUGCAGUGCUGGUGGCUGUGCUCAUCUUUGCCCUGCUGGCAGGAGCAGUGUGGUUCAUGUACAGGAGGAACUCCACGCGUUUCCGUGGGCUCCCGAUACUCCGCACCGCAUAUUACCGACAAUCGGGCUCACUGUCCGAGUCAGAUGGAAAUGUGUUGAUGACUGACCUGGAGGCUCACUCAGGAGAAUAGCGCUAAAUCGCCCUUUUUCCUUGUGUCCAAAGUCUUUCGAAGCGUUUUCCGUCUCCCGCCGUUUCACCAUCAGGUACGAACGCUACACGAGUCUGACUGAUGCCGACUCCUCAGGACAGUGGUGAGAUGACGACGGUAACAAUCUGAGAAGGUGUCAUAAGGAUCCCAGUGGCUCUCUGAUGUCUCCAUUUAUUUAAACCAUUUCAAUGACACACGUUGGUGAAGGUUUUUCUUGUGUUGACACUGAAGAACCUACGUUUUCAUGUAGACUAACGAAAUAUUCACAUGAACACAACUGUACAAGAAAGGAUGCUAGCGAGCGUUGUGCCGUACACUGUUUGUUUCUGAGAAUUUUAUCAAGUACAUUUGGUUCACGCUUCAUUUGAAAGUAUUUAGAAUAAAAAGGAGAUGCUUUGAAUAAUAAUAUUUGAACAGGUGAAGGAAAUUCUUGGUCUAAAAUAUUAUUCUUGUCGUAAAUAACCAGCACACUGAAAAAAGGGGAGAAAUGAUUCAAAUUAUAUUUGUAAUUAUACAUACUUUUGUACAUUUCAUUCAGAAUCCAGGAGCUGCUGGAGUUGUACAUGAGUUACAGCAGUUUUUAUCAGUAUUACUUUUUAGUAUUAUUAUUAUUACUUAUCAGUGUUUCAUUCUUUUUUUAAAUAUACAUGCUGCACAUGAUUAACAGGGUUCUUUUUUGUUUAUUCAAAACAGAGAAUGUGUGAGGCAUAACUUGUAAUUUGAUGGUGAGUAUUUUGUGCACUGCUGUCUGUGGAUGCAAAGCAGAGUUUGAGAUGUAUUUUUGCACAACUGUCUUUGUGUUUUAAUAAACUGAAAGUAGGACUGAAA